ACCAGAAAAGCUGCAGAGCCGGCCAUGAUCAAAUUAUAAUAACACCGCCCAAUUUCCUUUUCACUGGCGAGAAAAGCUUAGCCGAUCUCUCCUCCUCCGGCGCCAAUGGCUCCCGGGAAACCCACGGCCAACGGCGGUCUUCGCCCGCCUUCUUCCGGCGAGAGCGCGGACGGCGACGACGAGCGGGAGGAAGGCGAAGAGGUAGACGACGUCGAGGAGGAGGGAGAGCCUCCGUCCGCCAACGGCGAAGGGCAAGAGGAGCAGGAGGAGGAUGAGGAGGACGAGCCCAGGCUUAAGUAUCAGAGGAUGGGAGGGAGCAUCCCUUCGCUCCUCUCAACCGAUUCCGCCUCCGCGAUCGCCGUCGCCGAGCGGAUGAUCGCGCUCGGCACUCACGACGGCGCCGUCCACAUACUGGAUUUUCAAGGGAAUCAGAUCAAGGAGUUUUCAGCCCAUACUGCUACCGUGAAUGACCUCAGCUUUGACUCAGAGGGUGAAUAUAUUGGAAGCUGCUCAAAUGAUGGCACUGUUGUUGUGAAUAGCUUGUUUACAGAUGAGAUGUUGAAGUUUGAAUACCAUAGACCAAUGAAAACAAUUGCAUUAGACCCAGACUAUGCAAGAAAAUCAUCACGGAGAUUUAUUACUGGUGGUUUGGCUGGAAACCUUUUCCUCAAUGCAAAGGGAUGGCUAGGAUAUCGUGAUCAGAUAUUACACUCAGGAGAGGGUCCAAUACAUGCUGUAAGAUGGAGGACAAGCCUUAUAGCUUGGGCAAAUGAUGCUGGUGUGAAGGUCUAUGACAUGGCAAACGAUCAGCGCAUUACAUUUAUUGAGAAGCCACGGGGAAGUCCACGUCCUGAAUUGCUGCUUCCUCAUCUAGUUUGGCAGGAUGAUGUUCUCUUGGUCAUUGCAUGGGGAACUACCGUAAAAAUUGCUGCUAUCAGGACAAUUUCAUUGGGAUCUAAUGCAACUCAAGGUCGCUUCCCAUCAUCAAGUACAAAGCAGGUGGACAUUGUAGCUUCGUUUCAGGCCAGCUACUAUAUUUCUGGAAUUGCACCCUAUGGUGAUGCUUUAGUAAUUUUAGCAUAUAUUCCAGAAGAAAUGAAUGGAGAAAAGGGUGCCUCUACUGUUCCUCGACAGGGAACAGCACAGAGGCCUGAAGUGCGGGUGGUUACCUGGAAAAAUGAUGAACUUGCAACGGAUGCUCUUUCUAUACAUGGUUUUGAGCAUUAUAAAGCAAAAGAUUAUGCACUUGCCUAUGCUCCUUUUUCAGGAAGCAGCUAUGCAGGUGGACAAUGGGCUGCUGGGGAUGAACCACUAUAUUAUAUAGUAUCCCCGAAGGAUGUUGUCAUUGCGAAACCAAGGGAUGCUGAAGAUCACAUUUCUUGGCUUCUUCAACGUGGUUGGCAUGAAAAAGCUUUGGCUGCAGUAGAAGCAGGGCAAGGUCGUACAGAGCUCCUUGAUGAGGUUGGAGCUACGUAUCUUGAUCAUCUAAUUUUGGAAAGAAAAUAUGCCGAAGCUGCUUCAUUAUGCCCAAAGUUGUUGCGAGGAUCCACAUCAUCAUGGGAGAGAUGGGUUUUCCAUUUUGCUCAUCUUCGGCAACUCCCUGUCUUGGUGCCGUAUAUACCCACAAGUAAUCCACAACUUCGUGAUACUGCCUAUGAGGUGGCACUUGUAUCACUUGCAACAAAUCCUUCUUUUCACAAAGAGCUUCUAUCAACUGUUAAAUCAUGGCCAUCAAACAUAUAUUCUGCCAUGCCUGUUAUCUCUGCUAUUGAACCUCAGCUUAAAUCUCCAUCAGUAACUGAAACACUAAAGGAGGCAUUGGCUGAGUUAUAUGUUGUCGAUAAAAAGUAUGAGAAAGCUCUUGGGUUGUAUGCAGAGCUAAAGAAACCAGAAAUAUUUGAAUUCAUCAAGAGGCAUAACUUACAAGAUGCUGUUCAUGAUAAGGUGGUCUACUUGAUGGAACUGGAUGCUAAACGAUCAGUCACCCUAUUCAUCCAGCGUCGAGCUACAAUUUCUCCUUUUGAAGUGAUGUCACAGUUAAUGGACUCUAAAAACAAGGCUGACUACAGAUAUUUCAUUCAUUUAUAUCUACACUCUUUAUUUGAGGUUGAUCCUAAUGCUGGAAAGGAUUUCCAUGACCUUCAGGUUGAGCUUUAUGCAGAAUAUGAACCACGUAUGUUGCUUCCCUUCCUCCGUAGCAGCCAACAUUAUCGACUUGACAAGGCACAAGAAGUAUGUGUGAAGAAAAAUCUUCUAAGAGAGCAAGUUUUCAUCCUUGGAAGGAUGGGAGUUCCAAAACGAGCAUUGUCAGUACUAAUUAAUAAAUUGGAAGACAUGAAAGGGGCCAUAGAGUUUGUCACGUUGCAGAAUGAUAAUGAAUUGUGGGAAGAGUUGAUUAAGCAGAGUCUUUCCAAACCUGAAAUGGUGGCCAAGUUGUUGGAGCACACUGUUGGUAAUCUGGAUCCACUGUAUAUUGUGAACAUGGUUCCACAAGGGAUGCUCAUCCCCAGGCUUCGGGAUCUCCUUGUUAAAAUUAUCACCGAUUAUCGGACAGAGACAUCUUUGAGGCAUGGUUGCAAUGACAUCCUUAAGGCGGACUGUGUUAACCUGCUGGUGAAAUAUUAUAAUGAAGCUCGACAUGCAAUCUGCAUCAGCAGCGAAGAGGAUGAAGCACAAUCUGAGAGACAAAACUCUUCAUCGUUAAGGUCUGCCGGUAAAACUGAUAGUGUGAAGGCAGUGGGAGUGAAGUCUAAAAUGAGGGCUGGUGGAAGAUGCUGCAUGUGCUUCGAUCCAUUCAUCAUUCAAAAUGUUUCUGUCGUGGCUUUCUUCUGUUGCCAUGCAUAUCAUAUCACGUGCUUAGCAAGCGCCACAGAUGCUUUGAGCUCAGACAUUAAAAGAACUGGUUCAUCAUCCUACGCUUCAGAAUCAGAUGAAGAUGAUGAUGACACUCGAUCCAGUGCACCAGGGAUGCGGUGUAUUCUGUGCACGACUGCUGCCUCAUGACCUGCAAAAGGGUUUUUGUGUGGGUGAUGCAAGUGAUGAGUGAUGAUGUGCCGGAUGUAUUGUAUUCAAUUUUUUGUAUGAUUAGUUUGCUCUAAGUUCUAAUUAUGUGUCUCCUUUAGGUUUUAGCCUCUGAGUGUAUAUUACUUACGGUUUUUUUGCUCAGCAAUCUAUGUAAAUGCUGUUCUGAAAGUCCUCCGGAAUCAUGAGAUUGUGCUUUACAAUUC